ACAGAAUUCAAUGUUCAGGAAGGGUUGAUGAUGGGUAUGUACAGUAACAACGUACUGUAAAAAGUCAUGCAGCUUUAUUUCAGUACGCAUAAAGAACAUGAUCGAAUAGAUACUGGUAGGCCAAGCCAACCGUCUGUACUGGUGUUCUGUCCCUGCCGCCAUCAUGAGCGUUGCCGAACAAAUCCAGGCGUUGAUGCCGGACUUGAUUAACGGGAAAACGCACCAACAACUGGAGGAGGAGCUGGCGGAACGUGACAAGCAGACGGGCUGCCAUGUCGUGAAUGGGAUCAAGUUCCCGUUUUUCGCGUCGCGGUCCAAUCUGGAAGCCCUGAAGACUUUUGAAGUGCGCGAUGACGACGUGUACGUCUUCACCUACCCAAGAUCAGGCACUCACUGGGUGGGGGAAAUAGUCCAAUAUAUCCUUCACGAUGGGAAGGGCAAUUUCGACCGCACUUUCAUGAACAUUGGGCUGGAGACGGCGCUGGCAGAUGACCCAGCUGAACUUGAGUGUGUGACCCCCGGGUACAAGACAUACGCAGCUAUGGCAUCGCCACGGUGCAUCGCAAGCCACUGUAUGGAGAAUUUUCGACCUCCUCAAAUCUUAAGCAGGCAAGCAAAGGUGGUGUACGUGGCCCGAAACCCAAAGGACGUGCUGGUUUCCUUUUAUGUCAACAUGGCAUCUCAUUGGAAGUUUGAUGAGGUGUUCUGGGCAUUUUGUCUCGGAAAAUUGUAUUUCGGAUCUUGGUUUGACCACGUGCUCGGCUAUUGGAAUCAGAGAGACACGGAGAAUUGUCUGUUUGUCAAGUACGAAGAUCUGCACAAGGACCUCAGGGGCUCCAUUUGCAAACUAGCUCAGCAUCUCGGGAAGGAUCUAUCCGAUGACGUCAUCGAUGACAUCGUGGAACGCGUGACCUUUGGUGGGAUGCAGAAGACUUAUCAACAGAUUGAGGAAGAACGCGGGGAGGAGGGGAAACGCAUGACCCAUUUUCUACGCGACUUUCCAUAUCUAAGAAGAGGACAAGUCGGCAACUGGAAGAACACUUUCACGGUGGCACAGAGCGCCCUCUUCGACAAGAUCUACGCCCUGAGGAUGGAAGGGACCGGCUUGGAUUUUGACUUUGAGAUUUGAGAGGCCUGUGCAAUUAUUGUAUGCUAUUGGAUAUACUGCCUCUCUGUAUUCCGUUCUGUAGAAUUUCUAAGGCAACGAUUAUAAUUGGGAUACAGCUUAUAUUUGUCAAAAGAAGCCUAUACGUGCUGACAUGUGCUCAUAACUUUCAAUAGAUAUAUACUGAUAAUAGAAAAUAUAUAACACACAUCGUAUACAGUGCGUAACUAAAGUGUGAGGAAAGUAAUGGAUCGGGUUCCCAUUGGGUCUAGUUCAAUGACACCCAACUGAUUUCAUUCCUGGAGUGAAUAUUUGCAUGUAGGGACACAAUAAAGAGUGCAAUAAAGGGAAUAUCAUCCGUAACUAUGGUAAUUCUAUACAUUGUUAACAUAUUAGGCAAAUGAUUCGUUGGGUAUUUUACAAGCCGCAGAAAUUGUCACCGACACCACGAAGUAACACCCAAGUCCACUUCAGUGUUACUUCGUGAAAACCGCAAAAUGACAAAUUUUGGUUUCACGAAGUAACACUCGUGAGGGCGCGCGCACAUCGGACACUGGCGAGAAUGAUUCUCGUUUUCACACUGUUACGGAAAUACUAUUUGGAUUAAAGCGUUUUAAAAUGUUUGACAGGAAUGUAAUUAAUACCUAUUCUUGUAGGAUUACAGAAAAUU